AUGAAGGCCCUCUUCCUUACCUUCAUACUUAGCCUGACUACUCUCCUGCAAGCCCAGGAACCCCUUUCUUUCACUUUGAAGACCCAGGAUUUUAUAGGGAUUUGGUAUGUGAAGGCCAUGGUGGUGGAAAACAACCUGGUGAAGGGGAAGAUGCCCAGGAAAGCAUCCCCCAUCACAGUGACAGCCCUGGAUGGUGGGGACAUGGAAGCCACAUACACUUUCAUAAAGGGGGACCAGUGUCAUGAGAAGAGAAUCAUGCUGCAGCAAACCACGGAGCUUGGAAAGUAUAGUGCCUUAGCUGGAAGCAAGGUGAAUGUAUAUGUCCUGCGGCUGCCAGUUGAGGACAACUAUGUCCUUUUCCUUAAGUGCCAGUCCCAUGGAAAACCACUCCGAAUGGCGAAACUCAUAGGUAAGGGGCUGCCACCCUGUUCCCUGAUAAUGCCUGACAAGGCCUUUGUGUCUGAAGGUAGAAAUAGUGAUAUGAACCUGGAAGAAUUGGAUGCAUUUAAGAACUUCACACAACAUGAAGGAUUUCCUCUGAAGAAUAUCUUCAUACCCAUACAGAUAGGGAUCUCCAUGGCUCCCCUAGCAGUAAUGAGUCCUGGAAGAUCUCACUAUUGCAGGCGCUUUGACCUCUUCUGCACUCCCAAUCCCUUUCUUCCCAACACCCUCUCCUGUGCCAAAUAA